UUGAGAUUUAAGAGGGUAAAUUAGGUGUUUAAGUGAAAUAGCUUAAACCCUCCGCAAAUCAAACUUGAAUCCUAGAAAUCACCUCCGCUAUAGAGUUUUCUCUUCAAAAUCCAAUUCCUUGCCCUAACCAAAAACCAGACUAAAUUCAUAUAUGGGUACGCCGGAAACUUCCCGCGAACCAUGUCCCGACCGGAUUCUCGACGAUAUUGGCGGCGCGUUUGGCAUGGGAGCUGUAGGCGGUUCAGCUUUUCACUUUAUUAAAGGAACGUACAACUCUCCAUCGGGAGCGCGUCUACUCGGCGGCACACAAGCUGUCCGAAUGAACGCGCCGCGAGUUGGCGGGAGUUUCGCUGUUUGGGGCGGUUUAUUCUCUGCUUUCGAUUGCACGAUGGUUUACGUUCGGCAGAAGGAAGAUCCGUGGAACUCGAUCUUCGCCGGAGCUGCUACCGGUGGGUUUCUAUCGAUGCGACAAGGGCUAGGCGCGUCGGCUAGGUCUGCGCUUUUCGGUGGGAUUUUAUUAGGGUUAAUUGAAGGAGCUGGGAUCAUGCUUAAUAAAGUUAUGAGUGCUCAACAACAAAAUAUGUCUGUCAUUAUGGAUGAUUCUGCCCCUGGUGCUGGGUUAGGGUUUCCUACUGGUAUUCCUGGUCAGCCUCAAAUGCAACCUCAGGUCGCCUUUCAAGACGCGGCCUCCACAGGUGCUGGGUCGGAAUCGGGUUCUAGUUCGGGCUGGUUUGGGGGUAUGUUUGGAGGAGGGAAGAAGGAGGAAUCCUCUACAAGUGGCCAUAGCAAAACCGAGAUUUUGGAGAGUUUUGAUGCUCCACCUGUGCCUAGUUUUGAGUACAAGUGAAAGUAUUCUUGAGGUUUAUUUAUUUACAUUUACAAUCUCUUUUCAGAAAAUUAAUUUGCUUUAUUUUUCAGUUGGUGUUGAGAUUUUGUAUUUGUUGAGCAUUUGGAACUCGAAACCUGAUAAGUUAUAACAGUUACUAAAUUAGUUAUGUGAUGUAUAAUAAUUCGUUUGGCAGUUUUUGUAGAA